ACGUAGAACGGUUUGGUCGAGUUCCUGCGUCCGCGUUUACGUUUUUCAUCGACCGUCGACGGUUGUUAAUCGUAAACACGUAACCUGACGGCAUUUUGAGGAAUAUCCCCAAGAACGUCCCACUCCGUCUGUAGGAAAAGUGCGCGCGCGUUCUUUUUUAUAUUACUUUUUUGCCAUUGAUUCCUGGGCCAUCUUGUCCUGUUUCGUUAGACCAGACCAGACCGAAGAAGAUUCUGCGGCCUCGGAACGGGAUCGAUUUUCUGCUGGCUACCCCUUAGAAUCCAUCUCACAACCACCUGACCGGGGUCUGUCAAUGGUCUGGUUUCCUCAACGGAUGCCUCAUCUCUGCAUCACUUCCCAAGCUCCCCGGAUAUGGUGGUGAAAAUUUGCUGACAGUGAAUUUUUAUGUGCGCACGGGUCAAAUGAAAUAACAAAAUUAAGGAAUGUCGUAAAAUCUGAUAGACGUACACCAGGCCGCGCCGUCGAGAGUGAUUGAGGAGCAAGCCACGGAACAGCUUCCGGUCGUUUUUGGAGCUUUUUCUCCGACACCGAUCUGAUGCAUAAAAGAUUUCCAACUCAACGGAAAACGGUGAAGCGAAGAAAAAAAGUGCGGCAAAUGUGUUGAGUGAUUUAUGUCGGUCGAUGUUGAAUGAAAGGUUCACACGGUGAAGUUUAGUGAAAAAUUUACUUGUCAACGACAACAACCAGCAUGGAAAUGUUAAAGUUAAUGAUGGAUACCAGUGAUUAUAUGGCGAAUCUGGCCAACGUGCAUCAUAACAACAACAACAAUAAUAACAACAAUGAUAUCUGCAAAAAGGAUAGCAUGCAGCGAUCGCCGAGUCCGGAGUACCGGGUGCCGCCGAUCAAUCUGGAUGAACUUCCGGAGGUGUUGCUUUCCACCAUCCCAAAGUGCGGCGGAUGCAACGACAUGAUCCUGGACCGGUUCAUCCUGAAAGUGGCCGACCGGACGUGGCACGCCAAGUGCCUUCAAUGUAGCGAGUGCCACGUACAGCUCAACGAAAAGUGCUUCGCCCGGAAUGGGCAUCUGUUCUGCAAGGACGACUUCUUCAAGUCCUACAGGCGGUACGGUACCAAAUGUGCAGCCUGUGAUCUAGGAAUUCCCCCCACCCAGGUCGUCCGGAGGGCGCAGGACUACGUCUACCACCUGCAGUGUUUCAUGUGUUCAAUGUGCUCGCGACAGCUCAACACCGGCGACGAGUUCUACCUGAUGGAGGACGGGAAACUGUACUGCAAGCCGGAUUACGAGGCAGCGAAAGCGAAGGGUCUUUAUCUGUCCGACGGAUCAUUGGACGGUGAAUCGUCCAACAAGCGACCCCGCACAACGAUUACUGCCAAACAGCUGGAGACACUCAAGAGCGCCUACAAUAAUAGUCCGAAGCCGGCGCGACAUGUUCGGGAGCAGUUGUCGCAAGAUACCGGACUAGAUAUGCGAGUAGUACAAGUGUGGUUUCAGAAUAGGAGAGCUAAAGAAAAACGACUGAAGAAAGAUGCCGGCCGAACGAGGUGGAGUCAGUAUUUCCGUUCGAUGAAGGGCGGAGGAUCACCCGGGCGCCAUGAUAAGCUGCUCGAUAAGGAUGAACUUAAGAUUGAUCUCGAUAGCUUUAGUCAUCAUGAUCUCAGCAACGACAGCUACAGCACGUCGAACAUGGGCCUCGAGGACGGUGCCUCCCCGCACAGCGGCCGGGGGUCCUACAUUCACGGCAAUGGAAGCCCUCCUCCGUACCUGUCUAGUCAUUCUCCGCCGCCCAUGGGUCCGGGACAUCAUUUCGGAUCCUAUCCAGACAAUAUCGUCUACACGCCACUAGGACAGCCUAUCACUUCGAUGCACCAUGGCACUCACCGGGGUCCCCACGGCCUUCCGGGCCACGGCGGUAGUGCGGUAUCGGACAUGAGUAACGAUUCCAGUCCGGCUCACGGGUAUCCCGAUUUUCCGCCCAGUCCGGACUCGUGGCUAGGCGAAUCCUGCCCACCGACGACUACGACUACGACGACGAAUGCUACGAGCACACCCAAUGGAAUCGGUCCACCGCCGAUAGUGAAUCCGGUCCAGCAGACGCCAGGAGGUCCGGUGGUUCCGGGGGCAGCACAACCACCGGUACCCUCGAUAGUUCCUCCCGGUGCCACGGUGCCAAUGAUGCCAGUGACUAACGGCUCCAAUGGAGCACUACACUACUGAUCCAAAGAUCUAGUCAAUCCAAAGAGCUUGAAGGAAAAGGUUUAGGUUAUGUUUUCUUUAAAAAUGUUUUUUAUUGAUUAUUAAAUUCAGACUUCUAUAUUUUCUUCUGUUAUUCUGGUUUCCGAGAAUGACUUCAAGGUUUAUUCAAUCAAAACAUCACAUUUUUCAUUUAUUUUUAUUGAAUUCUUCAAAUUUGUUCUACCCUUUCUUUUGGUUAAUUUGAGUGUUUUAAUUUCCUCAAAACUUGAAAAAACCCGUGUUUCAUAAAUUUUGCCAAAACACACUGAACCGAUCUAGUCCUUUUAAAAAAAAAAUAGUCGAAAACUUUAAAGUAUUCACUAACAUUUGGUGAGAAAAAUACUAAACAGUGGAAUUGAGAAAUUCCAUACAUGGAUGCAGUGCAGAUGUAACCAAUCUUUUCUCAUAGGCAGUCAUCUCAACUAAGUCGAACGAAGGUUUUCAUUGUUGAUCAAAUGAAAAAAAAGAAAAAAGUUAUUUUCAAUUAAUGUUUAAGACACUUUAUAAGUUCCUUAAGACACGUGUUACUGUCAAACUUCAGUAGUUUCUAUUGUAACUGGUAAGAGUAAGCAUUUAGUUAGAGGGAUACUUUCUUCUAUUUCCACAGAAAAAAAAAAACAAAACAAGCAAUUCUCUAGUCACGAAAUAGUCGAUAAUUUAUUUUUCGUUGUACUUAACAAUUGUAUGAUAAAAAAACCAAAAAUAACAACAGAAACUGUAAUCAAAAUUAAACGGCCGUGGCGUGGCAGUAGCAAGUGAUGCAAAUACUUGUCCGAUACAGUUUGAUUUUACAACGUCGUUGAUGUAAGAAUCAGUAAAGGAACUUAUUCUAUGCCAAGGAAGAAAGUUUCUUCAAAGCUGCGCACGCGGUUGAAAACUGUAAAUACAUUAUAACUUAGUCACGAGAAAUAAACGUAGUUUUCUGUUUCACCUUUUUCAUUUCUUGAGUAGUAAGGAGAUACACUGAAAGAUAAUUACACUUAUUAUACACAAUACCAAAACUUAGCUGCUAGGUGAAUCUGAGUAUGUAAAAAGAACAAAUUCUACUGCGUACAUAUUUAUUUAUUUAAAUUAUUGAGACGAUACAUAGUAAAACGAGACCU